UCUUCGAACGCUUUAAAACCAACGCCUCCGACUCCGACGCUUUCUUUAUUCUCUCUCUAUACAAAUUCUUAAAAUUCAACAAUGGCGGAAUCAAAGACGAAAUUUGCAGAAGUCAGAGAAUGGAUCAUCGAACACAAGCUUCGUACCGUUGGUUGUUUAUGGCUAAGUGGUAUCUCUGGAUCAAUCGCCUAUAACUGGUCAAAACCUGCAAUGAAAACCAGUGUCAGAAUCAUCCACGCUAGGUUACAUGCACAGGCGCUGACAUUGGCCGCUCUAGCCGGAGCAGCUGCAGUGGAGUACUAUGAUCACAAAUCUGGAGCCACUGAUCGUAUCCCAAAAUUCCUGAAGCCUGAUAACUUAAAUAAGGACUAGAUGAUCCCCUUAUCAUCAUAUCAUGAUUCAUGGCUCACGCCUAUUCUGUUAUUUUAGGCAUAUAUGUAAUAGCUAAUGAAAAACUUUAAUGUUUCUUCAAUCCUUCUUUUUUCUUCUUUGAAACGACAUAACUAUGUAAGAGCUAGCGUACAGAAACUAAAAUGAAUAAAUUUUGUUAUUUUGUUA